CUCUUGCCUUGGACCAUAAGAAAAGGAACAAAUAAUGCAAAGGAAACGGUUCUGCAGACUUGGUCAAAAAGCUUGCCAACGUUUAAUGCCAAAAACUCCAAUGGAGGGAGAAGCUGGUGUGGAUAAGGUUCCAGUAAAAGAAAAGAACAGCUCAUCUCCACCUACAGGGUUGCCGAUUAACUGGAAUCUUGUAACUGGUCCAGUCCGUGAGCCCAUCUUCACCAGUUCUUCUUCUAUCCUGUCUCAGGAUUCAGCUGUGCAUUCGUUGCAAACCAAACUGAAGACUUUUGGACAGCGUCGGCAAAGAGGGAGGGACAAGGACAAAGAGAGAUCAAAUUUGGUCACUCAUGAAGACGGUAUAUGUGGCAUUGCACCAGAAAUCUAUCUAAGACCAAAGGAGAAGGGACAGAACCUGACACCCAUAACUGUUCCACCGUGGCGCUCUAGAACUACUAGGAAUUUGAGUACAAGUGAUGAGGAUCAGGAGGUUGAGGUUGAAGUUAAGUUGGAGAUCCAUAGUCCACCUGCUGAAACACAGAUGCUGUCCCAAGGAGCACAAGAGGCAUCACCAGAAAUAGUACAAAAUAUCUCAAAAACUAAAAGUUUGGAAAGUCUUUUGUCCAACAACAUCAAUAAUGAAAAUUCAAAAGAAUCUCUACCAGCUGCACCUUCUGUCUCAAAAACUUCAAGUACUAAUAUGUCCUCAACCUUUUCUGCAUCCACAAGACAUUGGGCUCCCCCUAAAGGUUUUUGGAGGAUAGCACGUCCAGAAACACUGCUUCUAAAUGGAGUUGGUCCCUCAGCUUUACCCAUAAUGGAUUACACUAAGAUUGAAAAAUGCAAGGAAUAUGCCAAAACAGACAGAAAAUGUGAGAAUGUGGGAGUUGCAGUAGAUGAUGCGGACAUCCCUGCUGGGAUUAAGCACUCAGAUAGUAUGCAGUGCUUCCUGGAGAAGUGCGAGCAGAAGGAGCUGGAGACCAAAGGACUGUGUUCAUCUGAUAAUGUGAACAUAGCCUCACAAAGUGCUUCUUUUCCAUCUGAUGAUACACCUGUAGUCAAACAAACAGCUUAUGCAAAUUUAAGAGAAAGACAACAGAGUCGCAAAGUAGCAAAGGAGAUGAGUGGAGAAAGUGCAGAUCAACCUGAAGACACAGAUGUCUCAGGGCUUUUGGACUGCACAGACUCAGCCAUUCUUCCUCAGGAAUUUUAUUUGAGGUCAGUUCUUGUAAUAACUGAUGAACUUCCUCUGAGUCCAAGACAUGAACAAGCCAAGCGUCUUUUGGAGAGAGCAAGGCUGAAGGCACGGUCCAAUCACAUGAAAGGCGAUCGAGUCAGCAGACGAGGAGAAACUGAUCAGAGUGAUGUCAUUAAGAAACAACAGUUUGAUUCUGACAGUCCAACACGGGUGCAGAAAGCUGUCCAGACCAAAGAGGAAAUCUCCCCUCCAAGUGUCUGUCUCCCGCUCGUUGCCCCAGAGCACCGAGACACGUCCCCCUCGGAGCAGGCAGGUCGCACCAGGCGCUAUGGAUGUUCCCCAACCCGAGUGCGCUUUGAGGAUGAAUCUGAGAAAGAAGCACAGUCUCGAUAUAUGGACAGGGUGAGACAACGUGGCAGACCUAAGAACAGAGAAAACAACCAGGAUGCUAGCAGUGGUAAGAACCAAAGAAGCGUGUCCAUGCCUCCUACUCUUGUUAGUGUUGAAACCCAAACUGUGGUGCGGGAAAUCAUUGUAGUGGUGAAAAAGUGUGAAGCAUGUGGGUCUAUCGCCAGGGAAACGCAGGCUGUUACUUCUCCAUCUGAACCACAAAAUACUGACCUAGAACAAUUAACUUCUGCUGAAGAUCCAAGACCUAAGCAGGCCUUGAAACCAGUUAGCACACGUCCUAAAGCUCCACUCACAGUCACUUUCGCUGGAGCCUAUGUUCUGGGUGAAGACAAGGAAGUCAGCUCGGGAUGGAAGUCUUCAGGAUUUGGAAAACUCAGGAGGAGGAGCAGGAAAGGGGAGAGCAGAAUAGAGUCUGGUCAUGGUCCAUAUGGUCCAUCCUGGGCUCAAAGACGCAACUCAAAUCCAAGAAACAGGGUCAACCUGCCCAGGGGGGUGACUUUUGCCCCCGGAAGCCCAAUUGCACUAGAACCGCGUUUGCUAGAAGCGUCUAGUGCAACAAAGGAAUCAACAGGUCCUCCACUGCCAAUCAAAUCAGCGCUUAAAUCCAGCUCAAGGAAUCGUGCAAGUCCAAACCAGAUGGUACAGUUUCAAGAUGGGUCCAGUGCAGGUGUGGAGGGGGACACAGAGCACGACCAGUCAGAAGUGAGAAGAGAGUCGAGUCCAGUGGCUUUAAACCAAUCAGCUGCUAGUACCGGCAGCCCUGUCUCCUGCAUCCGACCAUCCACUCUGAGGUACUCUCCAGCCCGACUGACCUCUGACCUGCCAGCUGCUGACCACUGGGACUCUGCUUCAGAUGGGCCGGGCUUGAGUGUGGAAGGUGGAGGGAGUUCAGAGGGUCGGCCCAUCCUGCGCAGCGUGGCCCUGUCCCGCUCAGAUGACCUGAGGGCAGAGCUGUUGAGGGCAGAACAUCUGAAAGCAGAAGCCGUGUGGGAGGACAACCCAGACGGCUCGAGAAAGCUGGAUGGACGUCCAAAACUGUUCCUUCGUCGUUUCUUCUCCUCCAUUGGUUUGAACAGCGUGGGAAGACUGGUGAAGGGGUCUCGCUCCAGCAGCAUGGAGCAGCUGAGCCUUCCUCCUGCCCCUCGAGCCAGCUCUGCCUCCCCCAGCCCCACGCGGAGACCCCAACCCUCCAUCCGCAUCCAGAGAACCCCCUCCCUGCAAACCCUCCACACAGUGUUCCCAUUGGCACAGCUGCGCAAAGCCUCCUCUGUACAGAGCUUGGAGAGAAGGACAGAGCGCUCUACCAUUCUGGGGGAGGUUCCUGAAAGCCCUCAGUUGGCGCUUCACCGGGCCCUGAGUGUGGAGAACGUCCUUGUGUCCAGGAUGGGGCGUCCCGUGGGCAGGGUCACCCAGGCCUUCCCUGAUGGGACACUCCUCUUGGAACUCACUAAACCCCCCAAUGGUCCUUUUGGAUUUGUCAUAUCGAGAGGCAAAGGGCGUCCAGAUACAGGUGUGUAUGUGGAGAAGGUGGGCGAUGGCAGUGGAGAGGGCUUGUACAUGGGCCUCCUGGGGGUAGGGGAUGAGAUCCUGCAGGUGAAUGGAGAGGCAGUGGCCGGUCUGGCUCUGGAUCAGGUCACCAGGCUCAUGACCCGGGACAGCACAGCCUCUCUGCGGAUCAUGCCAGCCCGACACAGCCCACGAUAAAGGGACAGAGGCACGUAAAACCUCCUAUGGAUGUGAGACUGGAGUUGCAGGCUGUUGCCAGUGACAGUUAAAUAUAAAUAUGCACGGCAACUCUCAGAAACAGGAGCAAUAUUUAGUUUUAUACUGUUGUGAAAUUAAACUGUGGAAUAAUACUGGAAUGUGUAUAUAUUUUAAUACUGAAAUACUGUAUAUUUUGUUUAUUGAUGGUACAUUCUCUUAUUUGAGAUUAGGUAAUAAACUGUAACAUGUUUUCAAAAAAAGGUUACAAAAAAUGUCAA